AUGCGUGAAAUCGUACAUAUUCAAGCAGGACAGUGCGGAAAUCAGAUUGGGGCCAAGUUCUGGGAAGUAAUCUCGAACGAGCACGGUAUCGAUGCUACGGGCUGCUACGUUGGCGACUGUGAUCUACAGCUUGAGCGCAUAAACGUGUACUACAACGAAGCUACCGGUGGCAAGUAUGUACCCCGUGCGAUCUUAGUUGACCUCGAACCCGGCACCAUGGACUCUGUUCGUUCGGGUCCAUUCGGGCAGCUAUUCCGCCCAGACAACUUUUCAUUUGGUCAAUCCGGCGCGGGCAACAAUUGGGCUAAGGGCCAUUACACCGAAGGAGCUGAACUGGUUGAUUCUGUGUUGGAUGUGGUGCGCAAGGAAGCGGAAGGUUGCGACUGUCUACAGGGGUUCCAGUUAACCCACUCCCUGGGCGGUGGAACCGGUUCGGGAAUGGGGACGCUGCUGAUUUCAAAAAUUCGCGAGGAGUACCCGGAUCGCAUCAUGAACACCUUCUCAGUCUUUCCAUCACCAAGGGUGUCCGAUACGGUGGUCGAGCCCUACAAUGCGACUCUCAGCGUGCACCAGCUGGUUGAGAACACUGACGAAAGCUACUGCAUUGACAACGAGGCACUGUACGAUAUUUGUUUUCGAACAUUGAAACUUACCACACCGACCUACGGCGAUUUGAAUCAUCUCGUUUCGGCCGCCAUGUCCGGUGUAACUACGUGCCUCCGCUUUCCCGGUCAGCUGAAUGCUGAUCUUCGAAAGCUUGCCGUCAAUAUGGUGCCGUUCCCGCGGCUACACUUUUUUAUCACCGGUUUUGCACCCCUGACGUCUCGUGGAGCCCAGCAGUAUCGUGCUCUGACCGUUCCGGAAUUGACUCUGCAGAUGUUUGACGCGAAAAACAUGAUGGCCGCUUGCGAUCCACGCCAUGGUCGGUAUCUGACCGUGGCCGCCGUAUUCCGGGGUCGUAUGUCGAUGAAAGAAGUUGACGAGCAGAUGAUGAACGUCCAGAAUAAAAAUAGUAGCUACUUCGUCGAGUGGAUCCCGAAUAACGUGAAGACGGCGGUUUGCGACAUUCCGCCACGUGGCCUCAAGAUGUCGUCGACUUUCAUUGGCAACUCCACGGCGAUCCAGGAAAUUUUCAAACGUAUUGGCGAACAGUUCACGGCCAUGUUUCGACGCAAGGCGUUCCUGCACUGGUACACUGGAGAGGGCAUGGACGAGAUGGAAUUUACCGAGGCCGAAAGUAACAUGAACGAUCUCGUGUCCGAAUAUCAGCAGUAUCAAGAAGCGACGGCCGAUGAUGAAGGAGAAAUGGACGAUGAAGAGGAAGCAGUUGAGGAUUAA